UGUUCAUAUUUUCAGUCAGCGAAAAUACCAACUCCUCCCGCUCUUUCAAAAUCUCCCCUGAAGUCCUAAACCCCAGCUUCAUCACUGAAUUCAAUUUCAAAUAUCGAAGUAAAAAAAAUUAAAAUUUCUGUAGAAAAGUGGAACUGAGUUUUCUGGCAGACUAGAAAAAUUCCGGAAACAAUGAAGGAAGAAGCAAUUGAGAAGCUGAGGGGAGUGGUGAGGGACUGUGUUAGCAAGCAUUUGUACUCGUCGGCGAUAUUCUUCGCCGAUAAAGUUGCUGCGUUUACGGCCGACCCCGCCGACAUUUAUAUGCAGGCUCAAGCGCUUUACCUCGGUCGCCAUUAUCGCCGUGCCUUUCACCUCCUUAACGCCUCCCAGAUUGUCCUCCGGGACCUCCGAUUUCGGUACCUCGCCGCCAAAUGCCUAGAAGAGCUGAAAGAGUGGGACCAGUGCCUGCUGAUGCUUGGUGAUGCGAAAGUUGAUGAACAUGGAAACAUCACAGACACAAGGGAUUGCAACAUUAUGUAUUUGGAUAAAGAUGGUGAAGAUCGUGAAAUCAAUAUCUUGUCAGCGAUUUGCUUUUUGAGGGGCAAAGCACAUGAAGCAUUGGAAAAUCGUCAACAGGCGCGGUUGUGGUAUAAAGCUGCUAUCAAGGCUGAUCCGCUAUGUUAUGAGGCUUUAGAAUGUCUUCUAGACAGUCAUAUGCUGUCUUCUGAAGAAGAAACAAAUCUACUGUCAUCACUGCAUUUCGGUCCCGAAGAGGGUUGGCUUUCUUCAUUCUAUACAUGUUUGAUUAAGAAGUAUGACAAAGAAAGUGUUGUUGAAGCCAAAUUUAGAGAACUCGAGCAAGAAGACUCUUGCACAAACCCCUCAAAGAACUCCUUCUUGUGUUCCCUAAAAGACAACACUGACCUUUUGGCCAGUAAAGCUGAGUACUACCAUCAGUGUGGUGAAUACCAGAAAUGUUUUCAACUCACAUCUGUCUUGCUUGAAAAGGAUCCUUUCCACUUGAAAAGUACACUGGUCCAUUUAGCAGCUGCCAUGGAGCUUGGAAAUUCAAAUGAGCUAUAUCUGAUGGCCUGCAAUUUGGUGAAGGACUAUCCCCAAAAGGCCCUUUCAUGGUUUGCAGUUGGUUGCUACUACUAUUGCAUCAAGAAGUUUGUCCAAUCACGCCGUUUUUUCUGCAAGGCAACAAGCUUAGAUGGUGCAUUUGCUCCUGCUUGGAUUGGUUACGGCAAUGCUUAUGCUGCUCAUGAAGUGGGUGAUCAAGCAAUGUCUGCUUAUCGUACAGCUGCUCGUUUGUUUCCUGGGUGUCAUCUGCCUACCCUGUAUAUUGGGAUGGAAUACAUGCGGACUCACAACUUCAAAUUAGCUGAACAGUUCUUUAUGCAAGCUAAAUCUAUCUGCUCUUCGGAUCCACUUAUAUACAAUGAACUUGGAGUGGUUGCCUACCAUAUGAAAGAGUAUGAAAAAGCUGUGCGGUGGUUUGAAAAAACAUUGACUCUUGUGCCAUCCUCUUUAAGCGAGAUGUGGGAACCAACCCUAGUCAAUUUCGCUCACGCAUUAAGAAAAUUGGGGAGGUACGAUGACGCAAUCAAAGUUUAUGGAAAAGCUCUUGCAUUAUCAACAAGAAGUUUGAGUACAUAUGCCGGUCUUGCUUACACUUAUCACCUGCAGAACAAUUUUACUGAAGCAAUUGAAAAUUAUCACAAGGCUUUAUGGCUCGAACCAAACGACCCCUUUUGCACAGAAAUGUUGACUUUGGCCCUUGUCGAUGAAAGCCAGAUCAGCAGUAGCGACAAAUGUGGAUAUGAGCUGGAUGAGGUACUUCUUUAGGACUAUAGGCGAGAAAUUUUUUCUUCGUAUUUUUGGGUGAUUUGUUUCCGUAGCCAUUGGGAAACAAUAUCUGCAUAGUGUAGCAUGCCAGGUACAUCACCUGUUGUUGUAUACCAAUUUAGAAGUAGUACAGCUUAGUGUUUUUUUUCUCUGGUCUAGGGUUCUGUAUGCUUAUUGCCCGUUGAGUUCAGGAACUGUAAAGUAAAAUAUUUUGUUGUAAGGAUAUUCGUUUACCACAUAUUCCAUCACACGGUACCUGAAGCAUUAGUUCAUCUUCAUUGC